UUGAAAAAUAAUUGAAUAUUCAGCAAAAACAACGAGUGAGUCCAAAGGAUUUAAGUAGCCUCGUGCAAAUAACGUGUUAGUAUUGGCACUCUGGUUCAAAUUUUCAUUGGUCCUUCACACGAAUCCCAAAUGUUCUACAAGAACUGGCCUCCAGUCGAUGUACUUCUUUCCAUUUGGUCUUUAUGAAUGCCAUUCGUGGUGUCGCAUUUGUUUUUAUACUUAAGAUUUUGGUUCCGGUGAAAAUCUUAUCGUCUCCUAAUAAUAAUUGCCUAAAUAGGCUAGCAGCUUUUCCUAAACCAGACUUUAACACAAGCUUCACGUUACGCUCUCAACAAGGUUUGAAGUCAUUCAAAGAGAUUCACCAUGGCUUAGGAAAAGAACCUUUUUACGUGCGUGUUUAUGCACAACCAAAAACAGGAGCAAAUCAGGGCUUUUGUUUUAAUGGAAUCGGGGUUAACCAAGUUGACUCAAGUCACACUUCAUAUGGAGGACUUAUCUACGCUUAUAAUUCAGAGUACAUUCGCGUAUGGGCUCCUAGUCAGCCUARUGGACAUAUUAUUUUUAUCAAGGAUGGCUGGGGAGGGGGACUAUAUUCUCAACAAUCAGACGAAGCAUUAGUCGUGGUUGAAAUCUGGGCCUCUGGUCCCGACCCAAAUUUUCAGAUUGAUACGGUUAUAGGGAAUGGUACGAAGAAGGGAAGCUUUGGAGAAGUGGAUCAUCAAUUACGCCAAAUUCCUGACAGAGUGUUGGUCCGAGUAUCGCCUGAAAAUACUGUCAACAGURAAGACAAUCCUAAUGGAGGGUAUUGGUUUCAUGCUGUCAGCUUCUCACAAAAUUCGAAUCCUAAUGACAGCUAUGGAGGGGUCAUAUUUGCUUAUAAUGAACGAAUUAUACGUCUGUGGACACCAGACAUUGGUAUUAAGAAUACUGGGUGUAUUUUGAUUGACAGGGGGUGGGGCGGUGGAGCAUACAGUCAGCGAGAGACAAGAUGUCGCAUCCAUGUCAAGAUUUGGGUCAAUAUGCUUCCAGUACCCUCAUUUCAAACAGACUGGUUUAAUUUCAAGGCUCAGAGAGGGUCUAGUUCAUUUAAAGAAAUUCAUCACAAUUUGAACAGAUUACCAGAAUUUGUGAUAGUCCAAGCCCAAGCCCUUAGGGGGAUGAAUAACCUCUUUACGUUUGAAGGGCAAGGAUCAGUACAAUCAGACGACAACAGUAAUAAUGGUUAUGGAGGCAUAACAUUUGCAUAUAAUAAUAAUUAUGUCCGUCUUUGGGCACCAAGUCAAAAUGAUAACUCCAAAAAGGGUUAUGCAUUACUGAUAAAUAAAGGAUGGGGUGACAAUAGAUUUCUCCAAGAAGGGGCAAUCGAAGUACAAGUUAGAGUACUGGUAUAUGGCAGCAAGUGUGUACCAACAGUUGAAACUGCAUUCACUAAUAAUACUUGUAUACAGACCAACCAUGAGGCAUACUUCUGGCUAACAUCCUCAUGGUCUAAGUGUUCAAGCAUAUGUAAUCAAGGUCAAAAACAACGUCACAGCACAGGUUGUCAAGUGGCUUCCAAGAAACUUAUACCUGAAGGAUCUUGUGACUUUGAACAAGGCAUGUGUGGAUGGAAGGCAACUUCAUUAACGAAAAUACAGAUGAGCUGGAAAAGAACAAAUGGAGCUACAAAUAAACCGAGUAGUGGCCCAAUGUGGGGAUAUCCACGAGGAUCAUAUUAUGUAUACACCAACUCUGAUGGAGUAGUACCAGCUGGAAAAGGUUCAUUGGACAGUCCUCCUAUACCAGGGCCCAGUAGAUGUCACCUCAGUUUUUAUUGGAGCAUGUAUGGGGCUGAUAUAGGAGACCUUUCUGUAGAAGUGAGCACUGACUGGGGUGAAUGGAAGGACACUGGAUGGAAAAUGUCAGACAACCAGGGUCCAAUCUUUUGGAGAUCAGCUUACAUUGACCUGGAGCAAUACAAUAAAGUAUAUGGYAUCCGCUUCCUUCAUAUACUACCAGAACGACCAAGCUCAUGCAACAGAUGUCCAGAUUGUGCUGAGUGUAAGGUGUGUCCAGGAGGAACUUGCAAUCUUGCUAAUGUUGCUAUUGAUGAUAUUCAACUCUGGUGUGAAGCUUCAUUCAAUGUGACAGAUACAACAUUGUGCCAAUCAAAGAGUGCACCACGGAUUGGAUGUGACCAAACUGCAAUUAUUAAAUCACCACUGUUAAGAGGGCCUGCAUACAGUGAAGAGAAUGUAACAYAUUCUUUACAAAGGGGAACAGCAACAUUUGUCAAGGCAGAUGGUGAAACAAAUGAUCUUAUUGGCAUAUACUUUGUGCAUGUGUACUACCCAGCACAGUAUUGCUURUGGAUGAGUGUAUAUAACACCGAUGAAUCUCACAAUGCAGUGUCCUUUAGGAUAGAUAAUGGUGACUGGCAUAAGUUCCAUACAGCAAAGAAAAUAGUUCAUCAUCUCUGGAUCAACUAUCGAUACAAGAAUUUUCUUCUGAUGCCUGGGGAUCACACUAUAACAUUCCGUCAAAUCAAGAGAAACUUUCGUUUUAACAAAGUAGUCCUAUCACCUGUCAGCCUACCAACCUGGGUAGACCUUGGCAUGGAGAGCCGUUUGAUUCCUGAUUCUUACUUAUCUACUAACAUAAUUUAUGGUUCAUCACCAAAGCCAAAGUUUGGAAGGCUUAACAGCCCAGAGGGUUGGUGCUCCACAGAAGGCAACAUAUUUAAUGUAUUUUUUGCAAUCAAACUACCUGGACUGGCCAUCGUAUCCAGGAUUGCUAUCCAGGGUGGUAAGGAUAUCUACCAGAAGUCUAAUAACUAUUGGGUCACCAGUUUCAAAUUGAAAACAUCUAUUGAUGAUGGUCGCAUGGGUUUCUUUACCUGGUAUCGUGACAGGACAGGACGUAGGACCUUCAAAGCAAACAAUGAUUCCUUCAGUGUAGUUGAGAAUGAGCUGCCAUUUGCUGUACCAAUGAGAGCUGCUCUUAUCUACCCCGUGUCAUACAAGAACUGGAUCUGUUUGAGGGUGGAAUUAUAUGGAGUUUAUUUGUCCAGUUCUGCUUGCGCCUCGUCAGGGCCUGAGCUACACAAUACCGAACCUUGUACAGGGGAUAGAGAUUGCGGUAAAAAUGCCAACUGCAAACCAAAAAGUUAUGGAAUCAUCAAACAGAAAAUUGGAGAUCUGUGGAGAAAGUUCUAUUCAAAUGAUUCAGCCGAUAAAGAGUAUUGCACUUGUGAUCGUGGUUACCAUGGUGCCAGUUGUCAACACUACGGUUGCACGGUUAAUCCAUGUCAGAACCAGGGAACUUGUACUGAAAAAUCCCAAAAUGGAGGAUUCUCCUGUUCAUGUCCGCCUGGUUUCUAUGGUAACUUUUGUCAAGAGUCAUGUCCAGCUGGUCGCUAUGGUUACAACUGUUCAAAGCAGUGUCAGUGUAAUGGGCGUGGUAGUUGUGAUGCGGUGAUGGGCAAGUGCCACUGCUCACUUGGGUUUAAUGGCACAAACUGUCAGUUUAAGUGCCACACUGGUUACUAUGGUUACAACUGUGGGCAAAAAUGUCAGUGUCAAAAUAGAGCGGUUUGUGAUCAGGCAACAGGGGCUUGCACUUGCACCUCGGGCUGGUGGGGCCAAUUCUGUGAUCAGCAGUGUCCAUGGAACACGUGGGGGCAGGGGUGCAGUCUAAAUUGUUCCUGUUCAAGUUCAGCCUUGAUGUGUGAUCGCACAACUGGUAAAUGUCUUUGUGAUCGUGGCUAUUAUGGCAGAUACUGUAAUAACAAAUGCCCUACAGGGACGUAUGGAUGGAACUGUAGCCAAACCUGUCAGUGUGCUUCUAACAGCUCUUGUUCACAAAAGGAUGGAUCUUGUACCUGUACCCAAGCAGGGCUGACUGGGGUUUUGUGUAAGCAACCAUGCCGGCAGGGAUUCUAUGGGGUUGAUUGUCAAAACAAGUGCUUAUGCAAGAAUGGAGCUGACUGUGAUGGUGUAACAGGCAAGUGCUUGUGUCGUAAUGGAUGGCAGGGUCAGCUUUGUGACACCCCCUGCCAAACAGGAACAUGGGGUCACAACUGUUUCUUCAAGUGCUCGUGUGUGAAUGGAGCUGUAUGUGAUACUGUCACUGGUCAGUGCUCAUGUAAGACAUCUGUAGGGUGUGUUUGUCAUGCAGGAUGGACAGGAGUGGACUGUAGUGUUUCAUGCAGCAACGACAAAUGGGGGAUCAACUGUUCUAAGACUUGCCUAUGCAAAAAUGGUGCAUGGUGCAAUCCAGUUAAUGGAACAUGCAGAUGCCUACCAGGAUUUCAUGGAUCACACUGUGAAAAACCAUGCACAUCUGGUUUGUAUGGUUCAAACUGCCUGUUAUCUUGUAACUGUGACUCCUCAACAUCCAGCAGYUGUGAUACCAAGACAGGCUCAUGCAGAUGUCUAGAAGGAUGGAAAGGAUUCAAGUGUGAUAUUCCAUGUAGUCAAGGUUCUUGGGGGGUUAACUGUAAUCAGUCAUGUGAUUGUGUCCACGGCUCUUGUCAUCCAGUAACAGGAAGCUGUACUUGCAAUUCAGGAUGGACGGGACAACACUGCAACCAAACAUGCAACAACUGUAACGCACCAUGCCCUAAUUGUUACCAUAGCAACGGAAAGUGUGACGCAUCGUCAGGGAAAUGCCAUUGCUAUGCUGGCUACCAUGGUAAUGCGUGUCUAGAGUCUUGUCCAUCAGGGUACUAUGAUCAGGGGUGUCAACACAAGUGUCAGUGUGUUCAUGGUUUGUGUAGACCAGACAGUGGCUCGUGUGAUUGUAGUUCUGGAUGGACUGGUUCCAUUUGCGAUAAACCGUGUCCUAUGGGUAGAUUUGGCUACAACUGUUCCCAGGCCUGCUCAUGUGCAAAUGGUACUUGUAAUUUACAAAACGGAUCCUGUUUCUGCCCUCCUGGUUACCAUGGUUACAAAUGUAGACGAACAUGUCGUAAAGGGUGGUAUGGCCCUGGAUGUGGCUUCAGGUGUAGUUGUUCAGAGAGAGGUGUAUGUGAUCCUGUUACUGGUCAGUGCUCUUGUCAUAGUGGAUGGAUGGGGGACAGAUGUGAYACUAGAUGUGAUUCUGGUUAUUAUGGAGCCAACUGCUCAGCAAAGUGUCAAUGCAAGGACUGUMAUCCAGUUACUGGUACUUGUCGCUGUCCAGCAGGAUGGCAGGGUCUGUCCUGUACCCAGCCCUGUCCAUCUGGUUUCUAUGGCAAUAAGUGUUCCCAGGCCUGUCAGUGUGCCAAUGACGGCACGUGUAAUCACAUUGAUGGCAGRUGUACCUGUAAACCAGGCUUGAUGGGUGCCCAGUGUACUAAUCGCUGUCCACCUGGUCGCUUUGGCAUGUUCUGUUCUAGCUUUUGURACUGUGGUCUUAACGUGACUGACAGCUCAAGGCCUUGCGAUCAUGUUACCGGUACAUGCAAUUGCAAGCCAGGCUUCCAGGGGUUAAGAUGUCUAGAACAGUGUAAGUCAGGGUACUACGGUAAAAAUUGCCUUCAAAAGUGCCAUUGCCUCAAUAAUGGCRUGUGUAAGGCCUUGGAUGGUUCGUGCGUCUGUCCUGCUGGUUACCAUGGAAACUCAUGUGAGAAGAAAUGUGCACUUGGUUUCUACGGUGUCAAAUGUAACAGCACGUGUGAAUGCAUCGGCAACAAUACCCGAGUAUGCAGCAAAGUAGAUGGGACCUGUUCAUGUUUAAAAGGGUAUACCGGUAUCUUGUGCGAGAAUCGUUGUCCACAGGGUAGCUAUGGUGAUGGUUGCCAAGGGAACUGUUCUUGUAAGAAUGGAGGCCACUGUGAUCACAGGACAGGAGAAUGUACGUGUACUGAUGGAUUUAAGGGCAAGGACUGUACUGAGAUCUGUAAUGAAGGGGCAUUUGGACCCGGCUGUACCAGGAAGUGUUUGUGUGAGAAURGUGCUAAAUGCAACCGCUUUACAGGAGAUUGUACUUGUGCUCCUGGAUACAAGGGUCAACGAUGUACAGAGACGUGCCUCGAGGGUCGUUAUGGURUAAAUUGUGUCAAGAUAUGCGACUGUAAUCCUAGUCAUACCGAGAGAUGUGAUCGCAAGGAUGGCACGUGUCACUGUAUGCCAGGAUACACCCAUCGAAGAUGCGAUCAGGAAUGUAAGGACGGGUUCUAUGGCCAAGACUGUAAGAUGGACUGCCCAGCAUGCUCACGUCAUGUGUCUGGUUCCUGCAACAAACAGUACGGYAACUGCAMCUGUACGCCAGGCUACCAUGGCUACGAAUGCUACGACGACUGCCCUCUUAACAACUUUGGUUUACACUGCAAAGAAAAAUGURCAUGUCGUAAAAGUAUGCUUUGCCACCACGUGUACGGGUCUUGCCUGGAGUACAGUCAUGGGUUAUUUCCUAUCGUUGUGAUGGAUACGAUGGAUAUGUUUAACGAUGUUGARAGGUUAAAGGACCUCAGAAUAGGCAUUGAAGCCAUAAUGUUUAAAUACUUCGAUAAAUAUUCAUGGUUUCCCGAUGAGAUCCCUGUGUCUUCCCAAGUCAAGCAGAAUACUAAAACCAAGGCUAGUCCUCUGGAUGCUCUCACAGACUCCCCUGUCAACCAGUCUCUAAAUACACCUAAACCUACUGUGUCUCCAGCUAGGCAUGAUUUUGUAGUAAGAAUCAUCAGCAUUGGUUCAGUCAUGGUGUCAAAAGUUGUAGAAGCAACACGUGUGUUUUGUGUGUUACUAGACGACGAUAUUGUGGUUAACAGUACGUCUGUCAUGGCGGUAUUAAAASAUGUUCCGCAAUCUGAAAUAUCCACGGAAAUUGCUGCGGUGUAUUAUACUGGAAAAYUGUAUGCUCCCCUCCAGCCUUCCAAGGUCCAGGUUCACCUACCAUUGAUCAUUGGUGUUUCUAUUGGUAUUCUUCUUGUCAUUGCUAUCUUGAUCAUGUUCAUGUUACGAUACAGCCACAUCAUCAAACGAGGCUACCCUCGAUACAGAAAAUCCAAGAAAGACCACGCAGAAUUUGAACUACAACCCUGCUUGAGUCAUGGCAGCAGCCAUCUUCUUGCYUUUGAUAACCCGUACUACGAUGUGUUGGCAGCCAUGGGCAUCGAUGAUGAUAUAGAAGAGGAGUACAGUAACCCACUAUAUGAUGAUGUCAGUAUAUGUAGUGAUAGCUAUACUAGCAGUACUGAUGACAGUUGYAAUAAGGACCUGACACACAUGAUMAUAACAUGACAGUAGCCCCCACGACGAUGUCAGUAUAUGAAAUGAUAGCUAUACUCUAGCAGACACUCAUAUCAUAGCAUUCCUGGUCAUUUCUGUAUUAUAUGCUAUUUAUAUGUCUGUAUAUUUUGUAAACUAUAUAUUAUAAACAGGUGUCUUGAACACUGAUAAAGCAUAAGAAAUUAUAUUUUUGGUAGGCUUAUUUAUGCAAGAAAAGAAUAUCGCAAUAUGCGAUGGAUUUUCCUUUUGCUAACAUGUCUAUAGAAAGAGAAGGAAAAAAAGUUAAAGUACGUUUUGUUUUGGAUUGUUGUCUUUUAUUUAAAAAUCGAACCGUUAAAAUUCAUUGGAAGAGUAUGCAAAGCAAGCAGCAUAGAAUAGUUAUUAAAAUAGACAAUAAAAUUUUCAAAGUUGAA